AUAGACUUCAGUCGUGGGUGGCGGCGGGAUUCUGUGGAGCGUCUGUUGGCUUGUCGACUGCGUUUGCAUGGGAGGACCUCCCGCUCCCCAUUGACCCCGGGGGGACCAGAGCGGCGCUGUCAUCCGGGAGAGCACGAUGAAGGGGAGAGAUUUGAACAUGCCACCGGAUCGAGUGGAGGAAAAUGAAGCCCCGGGCCCAAGCCAGGAACGGGCUCGCUCCAUGGCAACGCAGCGAUACGUCCUCCGUCCUUCUGGGCGCACGGUACACGCAGAGCUGUCGUGCAGCCUCCGGUGUGCGUUGCUGCGAGUGCCCCGAGCACUGCUCGACGGGCAGGCGUCUAAAUUUUGCGAACUCCUGGAAUAGAGUGUGACCCAAGCGUGACGCCCGCAUCAACCUUUGAAAUAAAACCACCGGGCACCCCUCACCGACCGCUAUCUUUUCCCGCUCGCCGCGUCUCUCCUCUCCCUCUAUCACCUCUUUGGCCUCGCGCCGUCGCUGGGGCUCUGUGUACGAAGUUCAUAGCUGCUCACAGCACUCACACUCCUUUCCCGAUCCCCCUCCUUCCCUCGACGCGCUCACGAUGCUCUCCAACAUUAUAUUCCUCGCCGCCUCUGCCGCCCUCGCGCGCGCCCACGGCACCAUCUGGGGCCCGGGCAUGUACUGUGCCAACGAGGGCAACCCCAACGCCGACUACCCGUCGAAGCAGAACUCGUACCACACCGGGUACCCUCUCUAUCAGCUCCCCUGGGACCAGUUCUGGCUCAACAACAACCGCAACUGCAAGAACGACCCUCCCCCCGAUGGCGAGUUCAUGGAAGUGCCCGCCAACGGCGUGAUGAAAGUUCAGUUCGCUAGCGCCCGCGCCCACACCAACUACGGCUGGGACGGCAAGUUCUACACCGGCUUCGUCGAUGGCUUGACAGGCUACGACGUCAACAUGAACGAGCCCAACUGCGUCACCUCGCCGAACAUCCACGCGCAGAACGCGUCCAUGGUCGCCGGCUCCGCCUUCGCGAUCGCCUACAAGUCCGACAUCAACGACGUCGGCCUCGAGGACAUGGUCGUCUUCUCCGUCAACCAGCACGCGCCGUGGAUCACCGUCGACUACGAGUACGAGGUCCCCGACCUACCCGCGUGCCCCGACGGCGGCUGCAUCUGCGCCUGGAGCUGGAUCCCGAACGGCUGCGGCGAGGCGAACAUGUUCCUCAACGCUUACCGCUGCAAGGUUACCGGCGCGACUAGCCAGCGCACCCUCGCGAAGCCCCAGGCGCCGGUGUACUGCGAGAACGACGACUCCGCAUGCGUGAAGGGCGCCAAGCAGCUCAUGGUUUGGCACCAGGCCGACGGUAUCGACAACAUCAACGUCGACAACCGCAAGCAGGCCAGCGGCAAGUGGGCGUCCCCAGCCUACAAUGACAAGUGCGGCUUCGCGCACGGCGCGCAGACUGACAUCUUCGCUGAUGGCAACGACUCUGGCUCGUCGAGCAGCGGCAACAACAACGGCGGUGCUUCUGCCUCUACGGGCGGUAAUGUCAACGUCGCGUUGCCUGACUCUUCGACCUCGAGCGAGGAGCAGCAGUCGACUUCUUCCUGGGAGCAGCCCACCUCCACCUGGGAGGAGCAGCCCGCCUCAACCUCCUCUUGGUCUGAGCCGUCUUCAUCCUCGUCAUCGUGGGUAGACUCUUCUUCGGCGUCGGAGUGGAGCGAGCCGACGACGUCCAGCUCGUGGUCCGAGGAGCCGGCCUCAACCUCAUCAUGGGAAGAGCCCUCCGCCUCGUCCACCUGGUCUGAGUCGUCGAGCAGCGAGUCCAGCUCGACGUGGUCCUCAUCCGCCGCUGACUCGUCUGCCACCAGGCAAUGCCGGUCCCGCGCCUCCCGCCGCAGCCUCCGCGCCCGCAACGCGCACGCGAACCACCGUCGCGCCUCGCACGGCGGCCUCUAAAUGGCCCCGUCGCCCGCGCCGGCGCCGUACAUAACCAACUCCUCACGGACCGUCCUUGUACAUCACCUAGCGCCGCCUCCGACGGCCCGCCUCCGCCUUGCCUCCUAACUCUACCUCCCCCUAUUCCCCUCACGAUCGUUCAUACCCAUGCCCGAGCUGCUGCUGCUGUACCACCUCGGGCGCAGACCGGAGUUCCAUGUCAUGCUGGCCCAGUGGGAUGGCUCACGUUCUUAGAUUCACGACGAUCUCACCACGCCUGGCUGCUACCGCGGGCUCGCGCGCUGGCCCGCCUUCGCCUUCGUCCUGUUCCCGUCCUCUUUGCUCUCAUCUAUCCUUCGCUGUUCGCUGUUCUUUCUUCCGUACUUCCUUCAUCCCACUGGUGGUUUUCCUCCCGCUUCGUUCUCACCUUAUCUCGUAUGAAUUACUGUGCCAGUACUUACCCACCGUCCUAGUGCGCAAGCAAUCGAUGUUUGUGUAUCCGCUGUCCGUAGAUACUCCCCGUAUCCUGACUGAACGCGGCCGACGACGCCUAGUAUUGCUGCCAGAACUCACGCGAGCUGGGUGAGAUGAUGCGCUUGUUCGUUCGUUGUAUAUGAUACUGUUUGUGUGUCUGCUACUGUACCGAGGCCGUGUGUACUGGCUACCACGCUCAAUAGAGGUUCGGGCAACCCGAUAGCAUCGUGUGCAGUCUUC